CAUUGUUGCAAUCAUACCACAAACACCAUUUCUCAUCCUCCAACCCCCAUCUCUCUCUCUCUCUCUCUGAGCUAGCACACCAGAAAACCAGGAAAGAGGAAAGCUGGACAGCUCAAUUUCUCCUUCCUCCCUUCACAUACAUAUCUCUCUCUAUCGAUCAAACCUACACACACAAACAGAGAGAGAAUAGAGAGACGGAGAGAGAGCCUGCAGAAUAUAAGUAGUAGUACAUGUAAACCUAGCUAGCCUCGUCUCCGCAUCUCUCUCUAGCCUUUCGUCUUCUCGUUGGUUUCUCGUAGACUGUUCUUUGCACAGAGAGAGUGGCGAGGCCGCCGACGGCGGUGGAAUCCAUCUGAAGGAAUGUCGGCCGGGCAGAUCGCACCGGCAGAUCAAGUGUGCUACGUGCACUGCAACUUCUGCAACACAGUGCUUGCGGUGAGUGUCCCGGGGAACAGCAUGCUUAGCAUAGUAACCGUUCGGUGUGGGCACUGCACAAAUCUACUGUCAGUGAACCUGAGAGGAGUGAUGCACUCACAAGUCCCUCCUGCAACACAAGAUCACCAUCUUCAGGAGAAUGUGAGCAGGGUGAGCAUCAACGGCUUCAUGCGUGAUCAAGCAACUGGCGUUGCCCAUUCAGAUGAUCAUUUGGGUGGUUCUUCUUCGUCGACGAACAAACUCCGGCUGCCCAUGAUGAUGUUCUCUCAGCAGAACGACCUGCUGCACGAACAAACGCUGCACGCACGCCCCCCGGAGAAGAGGCAGCGUGUUCCAUCUGCGUACAACAGAUUCAUCAAGGAAGAGAUACGAAGGAUCAAAGCAAACAACCCCGACAUUAGCCACCGGGAAGCCUUCAGUACAGCGGCAAAGAACUGGGCACAUUACCCUAACAUCCAUUUCGGGCUACACCCUGGCCACGACGGUGGCAGCAAGAAGCUCGCCGUCGACGUUGACGCACCGGCUGCAAAGAAGAUCCAUGCUAGUUUCUGCUCAUAGAAAUAACGUACCGAUGUAAAUGUAGUCCAAGCAAGGAGGGCCAACUGUAUCUACAUAUAUCGUGCAUACGUAUACUGCUACAAUUGUGAGUACACAUAUACGUACGAUCGAGACCAUAUAAAGAAGCAAAAAAGAAGUGGGUACAUAUACA